AUGGGUGAUGAUAUUAUGUCAUAUAAUGGUGGUGUUGCUUUAGCAAUGAAAGGUAAAGAAUGUGUUGCUAUAGCAUGUGAUAAACGUUAUGGUGUACAAAAUCGAACAAUCGCAACAAAUUUUACGAAAAUAUUUCAAUAUGGUGAUCAUUGUUUUGUUGCAUUGUGUGGUUUAGCAACAGAUGUUCAAACAGUUUCUGAACGUUUAAAAUUUCGUACGAAUUUAUAUGAAUUACGUGAACAAAGAAAACUAAAACCAAUUGUAUUAUAUAAUAUGUUAACAAAUCUUUUAUAUGAACGACGAUUUGGACCCUAUUUUGUAUAUGCACUUGUUGCUGGUCUUGAUCCUAAAACUGGUGAAACAUUUGUUUAUGAUUCGGAUAAUAUUGGAGCAAUUAGUGAUAAUGUUAAUUUAGCUACAGUUGGAACGGCUAGUGAUUUUAUAUUUGGUCUUGGUGAACUGUUUUUUAAACCAAAUAUGAAUCCAGAUGAAUUAUUUGAAGCAACAUCACAAGCUUUACUUAAUGGUGUUGAUCGUGAUUCUGCUAGUGGUUGGGGUGCAAUUGUUUAUGUUAUUGAAAAAGAUAAGAUUACAUUACGAGAAUUAAAAGGUCGACAAGAUUAA